AUGCUUUCUGCUUUCUUCAAGACUGCGCACUGUGCAUUGAGAAACAUGCCAAUUCAAACCGAUCUUGUUGGAAAGUGGAACUUCGUUUCCUCGGAAAACUUCGACGAGUACCUCAAGGAGGUCGGAGUCGGAUGGGCCAUCAGAACCAUCGCCACCAAGACCAAGCCAGCUCUUGAGUUCGCCGUCAACGGAGACGAAUGGACCAUGAACUCCAACUCGACCUUCAAGAACUACACCCUCAAGUGGAAGCUCGGAACCGCUUCUGACGAGAAAACCGCUGACGGUCGUGAUGUGUCGAGCGUCUUCUCCAUCGAGAACGAUCAUCUCGUCCAAAUCGAGACCGGAAAGGGAGGUGGCAAGGACUCGCGCAUCGAGAGAUACAUUGAGAACGGAAAGCUCGUCAUCGUUUGCACCUGCAACGGAGUCAAGUGCACUCGCGUCUACGAGAAGGCUGCCUAAGCAAUCGUCUGAAAUAUGUAAAAGUUUAAUUAUUUUUGUAUUCCAUCGCAUCCCACUCCGGUAAUUUUUUUGUAUUUUAUCAGCUUCCUCCAUAAAAUGUAUU